AUGUUUCGAAAAGCUGAACAAGAAGCUCUUCUUGCUGGUCAUGGUCGCGUCAAUCAAUUAGGGGGAGUUUUUAUUAAUGGUCGUCCUUUACCUGAUCAUAUUCGUCGAAAAAUUAUUGAAAUGUCCUCAAAUGGAAUUCGUCCUUGUAUGAUUAGUCGCCAACUUCAAGUAUCUCAUGGUUGUGUAUCAAAAAUACUUUCACGUUAUGCUGAAACAGGUUCACAUAAACCAGGUGUAAGUAGUCGACGACAAACUAAAUUUAAUAAUCGACAAUUGAAUGAUAAUGAUACUGCAACAACUGAGGAAUCAGACGAAAGCAAAAAUAAUUCACUUAAUGAAACUUUACCAAUACGUGAAUCGGCUCCUACGCGUCGUUAUCGUUCAUCAUUUACUCUUGAACAAAUCGAAAUUCUCGAACAAUUAUUUUCCCAUACACCAUAUCCUGAUGUAACAACACGUGGAAAUCUUUCGAAAUGUUUAAAUAUAGAAGAAAAUCGUAUUCAAGUAUGGUUCAGUAAUCGUCGUGCUCGUAUUAGAAAAUCAACAUCAACUCCAACCUCAUAUUCAAGUCCAAUAUCAACAAAUAAAGAAGAAAAUAUCGUAUCAUCAUUUCUUGCAUCACCGUCUAUAGAUAUGAAACAAAUGUCAAUAAAUGAUAAUAAUUUUGAUCCAACUAUAACAUCAAGUCCAUCAGCAGAUUAUUGGUCAUCAACAUCACCAAUGACUUAUACACCAACUAAUAAUUCACAUUAUCCGUUGAGUGACUAUUAUUAUUAUCCACCAAGUACCACAUCCGUUUAUCCGAACUAUCAAAUGUCAUAUUCAUCUUUUCCUUCUUUCUAUUAA